UGGGAGUUUGGGUUCUCAAAGGAAAUGAUAGAAACUUCGGUUGGGAGAGGAAGAAGAAAAGUCGCUGCUUUUAUUAGCAGUUAAAAGUUGAAAUCUUCAGAGAUUGACUAAACGACGCAUCAAAGCUUGAACUCGGGAGGUGAAGUGGACUCUAAAAAGGACCUCAUUCUCCUGAGAUCCUGGGAAACUAAGACACUGCAGAAAAAAGGAGGAGGUAGAGGAGGACCAGACAUGGCUGAAGCUGCAAAGAUUGAACUUUUUGUCAAGGCAAGCGAUGAUGGUGAAAGUGUUGGUAACUGUCCGUUUUGUCAGCGACUCUUUAUGAUACUCUGGCUGAAAGGAGUCAACUUCACCCUCACCACUGUAGACAUGAAGAGAGCUCCAGAGGUAUUAAAGGACCUGGCUCCAGGUUCUCAGCCCCCUUUCCUCAUUUAUAAUGGAGAGGUGCGUACUGACACCAACAAGAUUGAGGAGUUUCUGGAAGAGACUCUUGCUCCCCCACAAUAUCCCAAGUUAUGCUGCCGCUAUAAGGAGUCUAACACGGCCGGCGAUGACAUCUUUCACAAAUUCUCUGCAUAUAUCAAAAAUCCCAAUCCUGGACUGAAUGACAUGCUGGAGAAGAAGUUUCUAAAGAGCUUGAUGAAGUUGGAUCAGUACCUGUUAACUCCCCUUCCUCAUGAACUGGACCAGAAUCCAGAGUCAUCGAAGUCCACAAGACACUACCUGGAUGGAAAUGCGCUCGCUCUUGCUGACUGCAACCUGCUUCCAAAACUACACAUUGUCAAGGUGGUGUGCAAAAAGUACAGAGGUUUUGAGAUUCCUGCAGAGCUAAAAGGCCUCUCAAAGUAUUUGGACAAAGCGUACAAGGAGGAUGUUUUCCAUCUGACCUGCCCCAAAGACAAGGAGAUCCUUCUUGCCUACAGUUCAGUGGCCAAAUAUCUUAACAAGUAGAACUGGACUUCAAGGAGGGCGGAGGACAAAGAUUGUGUGGAUUUUUUUUUUGUAAAUCUUUUAUUGUAUUUGCUCCAAAAACAGCCUUCAAUAUGUAUGCUCCUGAUGGGAAUCAUUAUAUAUGGGUGGAAGUUGUUUUUGUUCGUUGUGAAUAUCAGAUACCUGCCCUGCUUGUUGCUGCCAUUUUUGCUUUUGUCUGUGGUUUUGAUGGCUUGCGUUUGUAUGAUAGCCACUCGUUUCGAAACAUCUGCGAAUGUUGUCUUUGAAGGCCAUGUUAAAUGAGACAUGUAAUUGGUUUGAAAUUCUACCCCAUGAGAGAAAAAAGAAGACAAAGCACUAGACAACUUCUACAAGGAUGUUAUUGAUGUCAGGUGGCAGUAUUGUUUGUAAGGAUCUUCUCUUGAAACGUCCAGUGUGUAUGAAACCUCUUGUAAACAAAUAAAAUUCCUAUAAAAGAUCA